GUGUAUUCAUAAACCACAAUUUAUCAUUUAAGCUAAGCAAAACACGGGCGCUCUAUAUAUUUGUCAAGACAUUUUUGGCAACCUUGAUUACAAAAGGUAUCAUAAAGUGAAGACGUCCUAGUAACACUACUGUACGGUAUAUUUGCCACAGAACGUAGUAUAGUAACAACUAUUUGCUGCUAGUUGUAAAUUAAGGUGCAAAAUGUCUUCACUUACCGAGACACAGAAAAAGGAGUUAGAUACUCUAGCUGUCAAUAAUUUUCGUGAAUAUUUAAAAAUUCCUUCUGUACACCCCAACAUCAAUUAUGAACCUUGCGUCGAAUUCCUUAAAAAGCAAGCAACCAGCCUGGGCCUCCCCGUCAAAAUCUACCAUGUGAAACCCACAAAGCCCAUCGUGGUAAUCACAUGGGUCGGGACCCAGCCAAAUUUGCCCACGAUUAUGCUUAACAGUCACAUGGACGUCGUCCCCGUUUUCGAAGAUAACUGGACCCAUAAACCCUUCGCCGCCGACAUAGACGAACAAAACAACAUCUACGCUCGAGGAACGCAAGACAUGAAGUCGGUGGGCAUCCAGUAUCUGGAAGCUGUAAGAAGGCUAAAACAACAAGGCGUCACUCUCAAAAGGACCAUCCACCUAUCCUUCGUUCCAGAGGAAGAAGUUGGUGGUGUGGAUGGAAUGCAGCAGUUUGUUCAUACCAAGGACUUCCAAAAUUUGAAUGUUGGGUUGGCUUUGGAUGAAGGAAUGGCUAGUCCAAGCGAGGAGUUUAUUUUGUUUAAUGGGGAAAGAUGCAUCUGGCAUCUUCACAUACAUUGCCCUGGAAACCCAGGCCACGGGUCGUUAUUGCUGGAAAAUACCGCAGGAGAGAAAGUGGCGUAUCUUUUGAAAAAGUUUUAUGAAUUUAGAAACCAAGAGAAGCAGAAAUUGAAGGAUAAUCCUUCUUGGACGAUCGGUGAUGUGACCACUGUGAAUUUGACGCAAGCGAGGGGCGGUGUACAAACAAACGUUAUCCCACCAGAACUUACCAUUGCUAUUGAUUGUCGCAUCCCUCCUGAAAGUGUAGACAUCAAAAAAUGGGAAGAAACCAUUAAUCAAUGGUGCAAAGAAGCAGGUUCUGGUAUAUGGAUAGAAUAUGAACAAAAGCAACCUCAAGUUCCAUCAACAAAACUCGAUAAUUCCAAUCCAUAUUGGUUAGCCUUCAAGGAAGCUAGUGACAAACUGGGGAUUAAAUUGAAAAUCCAAAUAUUCCCAGGUGGGACAGACAGCCGUUAUGUAAGAGCUCUUGGAAUUCCAGCACUUGGUUUUUCGCCUAUGAAUAACACUCCAGUUUUGCUGCAUGACCACGAUGAAUAUUUGGGAAUUAAUACUUUUCUGAAAGGCAUAGAGAUUUACUGUGGGAUUUUACCUGUUCUGGCUAAUGUGGAAAACAGAACUGGUUAAAAGGAAAUAUUCAUUGCUGUAGUAUAAAUGAAAACUGUAAUUAUUUUCAAGUGCAAUAUUUAAAUAAAAACAUGCCCGUGCAACAUGCAA